UUGAGAUUCUGACUCGCGGGUGUUGACAAUGGCCAUUCGGACUGAGCUGUCACACAUGUUCGUCCACGUCACUUGAUUAAGAUUGCCUUGCUAUUAAUCUCCGACGGCCGCCGAACAACGUGUUAACUGGUAAUUUAAUCACCAGCACUCCAACAGGCGGCUUUAUUCUAUCCUGGGAAUUACUUGCGCGGCAGAGCUUCAGCUAACCAGUCUAGAAGAAGAGAGUCUAGAAAUGACACCACGUACCGACGUACGUGACCCGUGGCAUGCCAGCGGCCAGCUUAUUGUCUUCACCUCUGGCUGACCUGUCUGGUCCAGCUAGUACAAAGUGCAGGGUAAUAAGACUUGCUGUAGAAGUAGAAGUGGAAUGUACUCCAGAAAGUGAGAAGAAAACUUGUGGUAAAUGCGCAUGUCGCAGUCUGGUCGAGUGUGAUUUGCUGAAAGCUUGCUGAAAGCAACAGAGGCAGAGGCAGAGCAACACGUAUAAGUGAGCUGCCGGUCUGCUUCAUCUUCACAACCCAAAGCAAAGCAGCAGCAGCUCGGGACUCAGAUCGCUCGGCUUACGUUACGGUGGUGAUCAUCAGCCUACAGCGGUGAAAGACACAUGGCUCUGAUACGGGAGAAGAGGCUUCCACAGCUGCACCUCUCGCUGCCCGUCCCGCCCCGCGCCGCCCCGCAGGAGCUCGGCGUCCUCGGCCGGCGCCCAAACCCCGCGGUCCCGCCGGCGCCGACGGCCACCAAGGCGUCGACCCCGUCGGCGCUGUCCAGCCAGUUCCGCCUGGCCGACUUCGAGAAGCUCGCCGUCCUGGGCCGCGGGAACGGCGGCACCGUAUACAAGGUCCGCCACCGGGAGACGCACGCGCUAUACGCGCUCAAGGUGCAGCACUACGGCGACCCCGCCGCGGCCGCCGAGGCGGACGUGCUCAGCCGCACCGCCUCGCCCUUCGUCGUCCGGUGCCACUCCGUGCUCCCCGCCGCGGCGUCCGGCGACGUCGCGCUGCUCCUCGAGCUGGUCGACGGCGGGUCGCUCGACUCCGUCAGGACCAGCCGCGGCGCGUUCGCGGAGGCCGCGCUCGCGGAGGUGGCCGCGCAGGCGCUGUCGGGGCUGGCGUACCUCCACGCCCGCCGCAUCGUGCACCUCGACGUCAAGCCGGGCAACCUCCUCGUGAGCACCGCCGGGGAGGUCAAGGUCGCCGACUUCGGCAUCGCCAAGGUGCUCGCCCGCGCCGGCGACCACUGCGCGUCGUACGCCGGCACCUCCGCUUACAUGAGCCCCGAGCGCUUCGACCCGGAGGCGCACGGCGGGCACUACGACCCGUGCGCCGCCGACGUGUGGAGCCUGGGGGUCACGCUCCUUGAGCUCUUCAUGGGCAGGUACCCGCUCCUCCCCGCCGGGCAGCGGCCGAGCUGGGCGGCGCUCAUGUGCGCCGUCUGCUUCGGCGACCCGCCGGUGCUGCCCGAGGGCGCCUCCUCGCCGGAGCUCCGGGGGUUCGUCGCCGCGUGCCUGCGCAAGGACUACCGCAACAGGGCGUCCGUCGCGGAGCUGCUUGCCCACCCAUUCGUCGCCGGGAGGGACGUGGCAGCGUCGAGAUGCGCGCUCCGGAAGCUGGUCGCUGACGCCUCGUCGCCGUCGUCGGACUGCCGGCAUACGUAACGUGAUCGUGUUAAGCGGCAGGGCCAUCCACAUACAUAGGAUCAAUUUUGCUAGCCAUGUACAGUGCCACGUAUGCAGAGCAUAACACAUCAGUUAGAUUAGUGUUAACCUAGAAGCUACUAUUAGGAAUGUACGUACUCACUUGUGCAGACUAAAUAAGAAUUUCCGUACAACUGAUUUCCUAUGUUUCGUCCAUCGGCUGAUAUCCAUUUCUCGUUCCCAUCAAGCACAAAAGACUGCCCAUUGCUGAUAGGCCUUCCCCUAACGCCCCUCCCUCCCCUCCCCUCGCGUCGCUCCCGCGAGCGACCGAGGGGAUAACCCUAGUCGCCGGCGUGCGUCCCCCCUCCCCUCGCGUCGUUCCCGUGAGCGACCGAGGGGAUAACCCUAGUCGUCGGCGCGCGUCCCCCCUCCCCUCGCCGCCGCCUGUCCGCGCCGCCGGGCAAAGCCCGGUGGGUGCUGGCGGCGGCGGGGCCCUUUCUCUCCCCGCUUGUGGAGGCUGGCGGCGGCGGGGCCCUUUCUCUCCCCGCUCGUGGAUCCGGGGUGCGGCGGCGCGCGGAUCCGGGGUGCGGUGGCGCGCGGCGUGCGGAGCGGCAAGCCUGGCGCGGAGGGCUGGACGCGGUGGAUCCAGGUGGUGGCGUGCCCGGGGUGGCGGCGGCGGCUUCGGCUGGAUCUGCCCCGCGGGUGGCGCGGGCUGCGGCGGCUCUGUUCGAGGCGGGUCUGGCGGCCGUUGGGUGGCUCGGGCGAUGGUCGACCCUCUCUCCUCUGCUCUUCAGUUGGUGCGCGUGGCUGACGGUGGCGGCUUGCUGGUGGUUGUCGGCGUCUCAAAGUUCGAUAGCUGGCUGGUGGUGGUGGUGGGGGCGAACCGGGGAGGGAGGCAGGGGGCCUCCUGCCCGUGCCGAUGUCUCGGUGGUCCCUAUCCCCGGUGGAGCGGUGCGGUGGCUGCGGCGAGGACGAGGCCGGCGGCUACUGGCGCCCCUCCCCUGCCUGGAUCUGGCCGGCUGGGACGCCUUCCCUCCAAAAGGCCCGUUUUGGGGUGGAAGGAGAUGCCUUCUACCCUCACUGGUCGGUGGCGUCCAUUAGCCGUCGUGGUGGUUGCGAUGGGGACUUGGAUGCCGGGACGGCGACCUCGAUGGUGGUGGUCGCGCUGCUUGUGGGCGGGGUGCGCGGCUCAGGUGUGGGCUGGUCGCUAUGGUCGUUUGGGCGGCGUGGCGGCCGGUGCUUCGGCAAGCGGUGAUGUUUCAAAGGUGGAGGGUGCCUGCCAGGAGAGACCCUCUGCUCGGCUUCGGUUGGGCCGACGACGGCGGCGUCCACGGGCGUCGUCUCCUUCUUGAAGGCGUCGUCGUGGCUACUCUCCUCCUUCGGACGGGCGGCGACGGCGCUCCGGUAUCGUUCUCCUUCUUAAAGGCGCCGUCUUAAAGGCCUCCUCUCGCCGAGCUUAGCUCCGUGGUUGUUCCUAUACCUGUUGUAUCUAGCCUUGGGUAUGUUGUGUGGUGGUGUGGUGUGGCGUUGAGUUGUUUGCGAUGAUGGUAAUCGGUGAUGGUGCUUUAUAUAUAAAGCGAGGAAAACCCUUUUUCGGCAUCAAGCACAAAAAAAGGCUGAACUCAUCGGAUCCGAUAAGUCAUCAUCCACUAGCUUAUUUACCCGACACACAAGUAUGUCACCUCACCAUACAACUAUGAAUAGAGUAAGGCAUACCUCAAAAUGUAAUUAUGCAUGAAAGAAUACCCACUACAAUAUUCAAUCAUGCAUGAGGAAAUGUUUUUCAUUUA